GUCAUGGCAGGCUAAAUGUCUUUGUCUGCAAGGGAGAUAUCACUUUAUUUAUGUAGUUUCCUAAAAUCUCAUCUUCAAUUAUUUAGGAUUGAGAUUGAGAUUUCCCUGCUUAAAUUGGAGUAAACAUGUAUGAUUGAAGUUGCAGAUAGUAUUUGAAGGAAGGGAAGAAGUGAAUUCGAUAUAAGCAAAUGGAUAAUUCAGAUUCAGGCAAUGUUGAACAGGGCAAUACCAAUGCUGUUGAGAGGCCUUCCAAUUCUGUGGGAUUUUUCAAGCUUUUUGCAUUUGCAGAUAAGUUUGAUCGGAUGCUCAUGAUUGUUGGAUCUCUGUCUGCAAUUAUUGCUGGUUUACCUCUUCCUCUUUUGACAUAUUUGUUCGGAGAUGUAUUUGAUGUCCUUGGCGGCCAGGGAGUCCCUGCGCACAUACUUUUACAUAAGAUCACUGUGGUCAUGCUAAAAUCUUUUUUAGUUGCUGGUGUUACCAGUAUUGCACUUUUCACAGAUGUAGCCUGUUGGAGGGUAACAGCAGAGAGACAGACAACUAGAAUGCGGCAUAUAUAUUUAAGCUCCCUGUUACUCCAAGACAUAUCCUUCUUUGACACACAAAUUUCGAGUGGAGAGAUGAUAGAAACCAUAUCUGCUGACAUUCUAAAUAUUCGUGAAGUCAUUGGAACAAAGGCUGGUAAAAUGUUCCAACUAUGCGCAACAUUUCUAAGUGGAUUUGUGAUAGCUUUUAUAAGGGGAUGGAGGCUUACCGUGGUGGUCGUAGCAACAGUGCCUUUAAUUGUUGCAGUAGCUGCUAUAGGGCCAUUUUUGUGCUCAAGAAUUUCAAAGAAAUUGAAUGCCUCCAACACAGAAGUGGGAAAUAUUGUUGGCCAAGCUAUCAGUGCUAUCAGGACGGUUGUGUCCUUUGGUGGUGAAAAGAAAGCUGUAGAUUCGUCUAAAACAGCUAUGGCAAAGUUAUACAGAGUUUCUCUUCAACUCGGUAUGGCAUCUGGAUUUGGUCAUGGUUUAAUGUUAGGUGGUACAUUUAGUGUAUAUGCCCUCACUUUAUGGUAUGGGGCAUGGAUUGUAAUUCACAAUGGCUUCUCUGGUGGAAGAGUUAUUACAGUUCUAUUUGCAAUUCUUGCAGGAGGCGGGGCACUGGGUCAAGCUUUCCCAUGCUUUAGUGCAUUUACAGCUGCUAAAACUGAAGCGGCCAGGGUAUUCAAGGUUAUUGAAUGUGUGCCUGAAAUGGAUAGAAGCAAGGAAAAGGGUGUAGUUCCUGAGGGUGUAACAGGCAAUAUUGAGUUUCAAAAUGUGUCAUUCUGGUAUCCUUCACGACCAGAUGUGAAGAUUCUGGAGAGAUUUUCCUUAGUAAUUCAGCCUGGUGAGACUGUAGCCCUUGUUGGAGAGAGUGGGAGUGGUAAAUCUACAUUGGUCAGCUUACUUGAGAGAUUCUAUGACCCUCAGAUAGGAAGUAUUUUCUUGGACAGUAUAGAGAUCAAGGACAUUCAGAUACAAUGGCUGCGCCAGCAGAUUGGACUGGUAAGCCAAGAGCCUGUUCUUUUUGGAGCUUCCAUAAAGGACAACAUAGGAUUUGGGGAACACACAGCAACACUGCAAGAAAUUCAGAAAGCAGCAAAGCUUGCAAAUGUUAAAGAGUUUAUAGAAAGCUUGCCAGAGGGCUAUGACACAAUGGUGGGAGAUCGAGGUGCCCAGCUUUCAGGAGGUCAGAAGCAGAGAAUUGCAAUAGCAAGAGCUAUCCUGAAGAAUCCACGCAUCUUACUGCUGGAUGAAGCAACAAGUGCAUUAGACACUGGUUCAGAAAGAGCUGUCCAGGAAGCCCUGGAGAAAGUCAUGGUGGAGAGGACUACUGUUGUGAUUGCUCACAGACUCAGCACCAUAAGAAAUGCACAAUCUAUAUGCGUUCUUAAGAAAGGAAAGUUGAUAGAACAAGGCACCCAUGCUGAGCUGAUACAGAGGAGAGAUGGUGCUUAUACUCAGAUGGUCAAGCAACAAGAAUUACAAGAAGAAGAAGAAGAAGCAGAUGAAUCCGAGAGUGAUAGAGAGAAUAUUGUUGAGGAUUUUCUUGAGGCUAAUAUUUUUGGCAGAAAUGGAAGCUUCAUAGGAAGAAGUUCAAGACAUUUGUCUUUUAGAAGUGAAAGUAGAAAUAUUAGCAGAGAUGGAAGUUCUAUAAAAAGGAAUUCAAGACAUUCAUCUUUUAGAAGUCUAAGUAGUGUGGGUCUUACCGAGGAAGAUAAUUUGAAGAGUUUAGAAGAAUCCAUGAACUUACAUACCAAUAUGCAGAGGUCAAUAUUCAAGCUAGCUCCUCUCAACAGACACGAACUUCCUGUGCUAUUGUUUGGGUCUUUGGCUGCAAGUGCAAGUGGCACCAUCUUACCCCUGUUUGGUCUUCUUCUAGCAAAUGUGAUCAGCAGCUUCUAUGAGGAAAAGUCUAAACUUAAGAAAGACAGUAUUUUCUGGUCACUCAUGUUCUUGCUUUUAGCAUUUGCAGCUUUUAUUGUCAACCCAAUACAGAUAUCCUGCUUCACGCACAGUGGCAGCAAGCUUGUUCACCGUCUUCGCAUAAUGACUCUUCAACAUGCUAUGCGACAGGAGAUGGCAUGGUUUGAUAAAUAUGAAACUUCCAGUGGCGUGAUAAGUUCUAGAAUCUCAACACACUGUGCAUCAAUCAAAAGCCUGGUUAAAGACGGAUUGUCUCUUAUGAUACAAAAUGCAGCUACCAUAACUUCGGGGCUUUUUAUUGCAUUUUUAUCCAGCUGGCACAUGGCUUUUGUGUUGAUUUCUCUGCUUGUUCUGAUAGUGUUCCAAUCAUGGGGGCAACUCAAGAUGGUAAAGAAAUUCAGUGCCAAAUCCCAGAUGGCAGAGGCUGAACCUGUGCAUGUGGCAAUAGAUGCAUUGAGCAACAUUCGCACCAUAGCUUCAUUCUGUGCUGAGGAUCAUGUUCUUCAAAUGCAUGCUCAACAAUGCAAAGAACCAAUGAGCUGUGCAACUCAACUAGCUAUCAUUGAUGGCAUUGGCUUUGGUGUUAUAAAUUUUGUCCUCUUUGCUACUUAUGGUUUCAGCUUCUGGGUGGGAGCUCAACUGGUUAUCCAUAGAUUGACAAACCAUACACAAAUAUUCAGAGUUUUCUUUGCUUUCACCUUGAGUGCAAUUAGCAUAUCGGAGGCUGUUCAAAUGUUACCGGAUAUCUCGAGGGUAAAAGUGGCAGUGAAUUCUUUGUUCUCCAUAAUAGAAAGAAAGUCCCAGAUAGACCCAGAAGAUCUCACAGGCAAAACCUUGCCUGAAAUGAAGGGAGAGAUAACAUUCAAGCAUGUGUAUUUCAAAUAUCCAACAAGACCUCGUGUGCAGAUUCUUAAAGAUUUUAAUUUGCACCUCGAUCCUGGAAAGAGCGUAGCCCUGGUAGGAGAAAGCGGAAGCGGCAAGUCGACAGUAUUAUCUCUCCUGGAACGGUUCUACGAUUCGAACCGGGGCCUAAUCCUGCUAGACAAAACCGACAUCAAAACCCUGCAACUUAAAUGGCUUCGUCGGCAGAUGGCCUUAGUAGGACAGGAGCCCAUUCUCUUCGAUGAGUCCAUCCGAGAUAACAUUGCCUACGGAAGACAAGGAGAAGAAAGUGCCGUCUCUGAGGAAGAAAUCGUAACUGCCGCCAAAAUCUCCAACGCCCACACUUUCAUAUCCAGUUUGCCGGACGGCUACAAUACGCGGGUUGGAGAGCGAGGUACCCAGCUUUCCGGUGGGCAGAAGCAGAGAAUAUCAAUAGCAAGAGCCAUGGUGAGAAACCCUCGUAUUCUUCUGUUGGACGAGGCCACCAGCGCUCUAGAUGUUGAAUCAGAGCAGCUGGUUCAGGAGGCGCUCAACAGGGCCAUCGGCGGCAGGUCCACCAUUAUGGUGGCCCAUCGUCUCUCCACCAUUCGAGGGGCAGAUUCAAUUGCUGUUAUCAGAGGCGGCAGGGUUGUGGAACAGGGCAGCCACAGUUUUCUGCUUUCCAUGCCCAAUGGCAUUUAUGCUACUCUUGUCAAGUCAUCCUUGUCUUGAUUUUGUGUACUAUAUAUUAUAUCAUAAUAGGAUGUUUUUGGUGAUGCUAUUGUAUUUAGAUUUUUUCCUUUAAUAUGUUAAAUCACGAUUUUGUUUGUAUUA